AUGAGACAAAUGGAUUCAUCCUUUGAAGUGGCUGAAGAGAAAGAGGAGGUUUAUGGUGACCCGAUCCUAGUGUCCCACUCAGACAGCCUUUUUCUGGCUCAGUCUCGACUACUGGAAGACUGGAGACCUGAGCCAUUGCAGUCAGAGAGCUGCCAAUCAAACAUGAACUUCCAGUACACUAACCAAGUACAGUUUUAUACAAAAAAAUGCAUUUUUUUCCUUUUUUCUGACUUUGAUUUCCUGUCAUCCUCAAGCUCAGGCCAACAAACCAACUUCCCAAAGCUCCAAAACAACAAUCACAGGGGUCCUGGGGUCCUCCGAGACUUUAACCGUGAGCACCAUCUCAAGAUCCAUUAGAGGAUAGAUACAAGAGAAAGGCGGUACACUUGCUCCAUCUGCAGCGUUGCACAUCACAUAUUGAGACUCAGACACCACUUCUGCCUUCAUAUGAGAUAGAAAUCUUAUGUUUGUGGUCAGUGUGGGAUAAGGUUUCGAAAUGAUGGUGGAUUGAAUGUCCAUCAGUGUUCAUGACAACAGUUGUAUAAAUGCACUAUUUACGGUAGUCAUAUGUUGCAGGAUGAAUCCAAUAUAGGGUCACCCCAGGAAUCAAAAUGUUAUUACAUGGAUAGUUCACCCAAAAAUGAAAACUGUAUUAAUUUACUCACCAUUGUAUUGUUCCAAAUGACUUUGGUUAAUCUUUGAAACACAAAUUUAGAUAUUGAGAUUCCUUUAAGUUCCUGAUUUUAUCCCUGAAAUGACUGUCCCUGUUUUGAAUAAACCCAUCUGUCAAAUUGA